AGACAUCUAAUGAAGAAAUUGAUGGACUUCGCGCAGUUUUAAAACAAAAUAAUAAGAAAUCAUAGUAAUGAAAACAAUUCAAAGUACACCAUGAGCUCUAUGGAAGACUUUAUUAAUGAUACUACUAAUGGCUCUCUAAUUGCUGACCCAACGCUCAUAUUUGGUCCUCAAAGAGAUCCUCUGUAUAUAGUUUUACCUAUUACAAUAAUCUACUCGCUUAUAUUCGUAACUGGGUUAAUCGGUAAUGUAUUUACAUGUUUGGUGAUAGUUAGGAAUAAAAGUAUGCACACAGCUACUAACUAUUAUUUAUUCAGCUUAGCAAUAUCAGACCUACUUCUGUUAGUCAGUGGGAUACCUCAGGAAAUGUAUUCAAUCUGGUCAAAAUGGCCUUAUGUUUUCGGGCACAGUUUCUGCUUACUCCGCGGCCUAGCGUCGGAGACCUCCACCAAUGCGAGCGUGUUGACAAUAACUCUAUUUACUAUCGAGAGAUACUUAGCAAUAUGUCAUCCGUUCGUCUCACAUAAGAUGUCCAAACUUUCACGAGCUACACGGCACGUUAUGAUGCUUUGGGUAGCCGCUUUCGCAUUCGCCUUGCCUCAAGCUCUACAGUUCGGCAUCAGGGAUCAUCAGGGUAUCACUAUGUGUUUGCAAACACGUGUCAUAAUCGAACAUUCUUUUGAAUUAUCAACAUUCUUCUUUUUCUUUGCCCCUAUGGUACUAAUCACAGUUUUGUACUCCCUAAUCGGUUUGAGACUGAGAAAAACUAGUAUAAGUAAAGACAAUAAUGACCAAAGAUUAUUUGAACGAAGUCGCCAUUUGACCCAUGAAGUUCGAAGAAAAUCCAGCCAGUCGACGAGAAGAGUCGUCAAAAUGUUAGUUGCAGUUGUGGUAGCAUUUUUUAUAUGCUGGGCACCAUUCCACGCUCAACGACUCGUUGCAAUCUACGGCACCACGGAAAAUCACCAAGCCAAAUCUCCAAUACUGCUAAUGGUGUACUCAUUCCUCACUUACAUCUCCGGUGUAUUCUAUUACGUGUCUACGUGCAUCAAUCCAAUUUUCUACCACAUUAUGUCUAACAAAUUUCGAGAAGCCUUUAAGAAUACUAUAUUACAUUGGUGCUGUUGCAAAGCUGAGCGAACCAGUGGCAAAAGGUGUUCGUAUACGGCUAUGGCUUUUCUGCGUAAUCAAACUUCAUCUGGAACAGUCAACUCAGGUAACUCACCCAAGAUUGAACUCUCAAAUGGUCAUAAGAAAAAACACGACAGCAAAGAUACUGCUCACACAUACGAGCUCGAUGUGAGGAAUUCUUGUAAUGAAUGCAAAAGGAUUGCAUCUCUUAACCGAGAAUAUAGACUACACACUUGCUUUGAUCAAAAGCUAUUACAAUUACAACCACCAAAAAGAGAUAAAAGACAUAGUUCACAGAACAUGCAGUUGGAUAAAACGAUUUUCGUCAAUGAGCAACGAAAGGCGCAUUCAUUAUAUAGUUCACAUCAAACAUUACCUAGUGGAGAGACUACGCCUGUCGAUUUCAUCGGCAUUCAACAUGAUAGGUCAUAUUCAAUAAACCAACAUGAUAAGGAAUACGGAUAA